AUGUCCUAUGGCUUUCGUAAAUCAGGUGGGCGCUGCUUUCGAAUCGCCCUAACCUGCAAUCCCACGGCAUCUCCGAGUGACAGAAGGAUAGAGCGAAAAUACCACAAGUCACACCAAACUAGUGCCCGUACCACAUUCUGCUGCAAAAUUGUUCGGGAUCUCAGCCUUCCGAUCCGAGCCCAUGGUGCAUGCGUAAACACCAAGGAGGAGCUGGUGGCUGCUUGGGGUGAUAGUCUGCACAACAGCGCUGACGGUCGCGGUUUACGAGAGUUGGGAUCUGCUUUCCUCAAUCCGCUAGGGCUGUUAUUGGACUGGGACUUCCUAAGGUCGCAGUCAGUGACUUGUGUUUGCUUGCCAUUGUGGGCUCCCUGCGUACUCAUGACACUUUUAUGCGUGGCACAUGUCGUUGAAGGUACAUUUUUGCCAUUUAAUCUCACACCAGACCCAGUAUGA